AUGGCAGAAUUUGGAAAUUACAUUCAGAAAGUCUUCCCAGCUGUAUUUUCUUCAGAGUUCAUUCAGCAUGAAAUUGUUGGGCAGUACAGCCACCUCCUCACUGUUCAGGGUUCCAACCCUGACAUGCUGCCCUAUAUGCUGCUGGCACACAUGGAUGUUGUGCCUGCUCCCCCUGAGGGCUGGGACUUCCCUCCCUUCUCAGCUGCAGAGCAUGAAGGUUUCAUCUAUGGACGAGGAACUCUGGAUAACAAAAACUCUGCCAUCGGUAUUCUGCAAGCUCUAGAGUUUCUGCUGAGAAGAAAUUACAGGCCCCGUAGAUCUUUCUAUAUUGGCAUUGGACAUGAUGAAGAGGUGUCGGGCUGGAAGGGAGCCAUGAAGAUGGCAGCUCUGCUGGAAGCCAGAGGAGUGAAACUCUCCUUCAUACUAGACGAGGGCAGUGCAAUACUAGAUGGCAUCAUUGCAGGAGUGGAGAAGCCAGUAGCUGUAAUUGCUAUCACAGAAAAGGGUUCAAUAACACUGAACUUCACUGUGGAGAAGGAGCCAGGACAUUCAUCCUUCCCUCCUAAGGAGACAAGUAUUGGCAUUCUGGCAGCAGCAAUGUCCAGUGCUGAUUUGCUUUGCCAUAGGCUGGAGCAGAAUCCCUUGCGCAAUCUGUUUGGCCAUGGGCCGGAGCACAUGACUAUGGAGCACCUGGCAGCAGAGUUCAGGUUUCCUCUCAACCUCAUCAUGAGCAAUCUAUGGCUGUUUUCACCUAUUGUCAGCAGAAUUCUUGCCUGGAAACCUUCCACCAAUGCCUUGAUUCGAACUACUACAGCAGUCACAAUGUUCAACGCAGGAAUCAAGGUAAAUGUCAUCCCACCUUCUGCAAGAGCCACCGUGAACUUCCGGAUCCACUCUGCGGAGACAGCCGCUGAGGUGCUAGAGGCCGUCAGAAACACUGUCGCUGAUGACAGGGUGAGGAUUGAUGUAGUAGAUGCCUUUGACCCACUCCCCAUCAGCCCAUGGGAUGACCAGACAUUUGGAGUCCAUGUUUUUCAAAGAACCAUCCUGGAUACUUUCCCAGAUGUUGUCAGUGUAGUCCCAGGCACGUGUAUUGGAAACACAGACAGCAGGCACUUCACCAACGUCACAAACGCCAUUUACCGGUUUAACCCGCUGCUCCUGAGACCAGAGGAUCUCCCCAGGAUCCAUGGGUUGAAUGAGAGAAUCUCAGUUGAGAAUUAUGAGAAGCAGGUUGAGUUCCUCUUCCAGCUGAUUAAGAACUGUGAUAUCGAUGAGCUUCCAGAGCCUCAUGUGAAGUCCCACGAGCUGUGA